AUGAAAAAUUCUACAAAGCGUUUUAAUAUUUAUACUUUAUCUUCUGAAUCAGACAAAGAAAAAUCAAAUGCAGACCUCAGAAAACUUCCAUCGCUCUCUGAGCCCAAUAAAGUGCAACUUGAUGAUCCGGAAGAUAAUUUACCUUUAUCAGAACUGAAAAAACAUGCUGAAAAAUCACCAUUUCACAAACAAAUCCCCACUCCUAAUUUCGCUACCAUUAAAUACAAACCGAGAAGAAAAGCGGUGAAUUAUAUAGGCCAAAAAAUAACUAAAGAUUUGUUUGAUACUGCUAAAGAAAAAACGGCGAAGAACACUAAAAGAACAACCAAAAAACUAAACCAAGCAGACGACCAAGUGACGCUGAUACAACUAAAAAUUUGCAACUUACAAGAAACCAGAGACAGAAAGAAAAACAACCGAGUGACUCUAAUAUAG